UCCAGGAACAAGUCAGCAGCCGAACUUUUCCAGCGGUGCAGCUCGGAGCACUUACCUAACGGCGCCGCGGACCUCUGUGCCCUCCCUCUGCAGUCCUCGUCUCUCCUUGGGCUGGCACUCUUGCCUGCCCCGUCCCUCAUGGCGCUGCUCCGACGCCCGACAGUGUCCACUGAUUUAGAGAAUAUUGACACAGGAGUUAAUUCUAAAACGAAGAGUCAUGUGACACUCCGUCGAGCAGUUUUAGAAGAAAUUGGAAAUAGGGUUACAACCAGAGCAACACAAGUAGCUAAGAAAGCUCCGAACACGAAAGUACCUGUCCAACCCACCAAAACAACAAAUGCCAACAAACAGCUGAAACCUGUUGCUUCUGUGAAACCAGUACAGAUGAAAAUGUUGGCUCCAAAGGGUCCUUCUCCCACGCCUGAGGAUAGCUCCUGAGGUAGGGUCCUUCUCCCACGCAUGAAGGAAGAGAGCCUCUGUCAAGCUUUCUCCGACGCCUUGCUGUGCAAAAUCGAGGACAUCGAUACUGAAGACUGGGAGAACCCUCAGCUCUGCAGCGACUACGUCAAGGAUAUCUACCAGUACCUAAGGCAGCUAGAGGUUCUGCAGUCCAUAAAUCCACAUUUCUUAGAUGGAAGAGAUGUAAACGGACGUAUGCGUGCCAUUCUGGUGGACUGGCUGGUGCAAGUCCAUUCCAAGUUUAGGCUGCUGCAGGAAACCCUGUACAUGUGCAUCGCCAUUAUGGAUCGAUUUUUACAGGUUCAGCCAGUCUCUCGCAAGAAGCUUCAACUGGUUGGGAUUACAGCUUUGCUCUUGGCUUCCAAGUAUGAGGAGAUGUUUUCUCCAAAUAUUGAAGACUUCGUUUACAUCACAGAUAACGCGUAUACCGGUGCCCAAAUCCGAGAAAUGGAAGCUCUAAUUUUGAAAGAACUGAAAUUUGAGUUGGGCCGGCCUUUGCCGCUACAUUUCUUAAGGCGGGCAUCGAAAGCCGGGGAGGUAGAUGUUGAACAGCACACUUUAGCCAAAUACCUGAUGGAGCUGACGCUCAUUGACUACGACAUGGUGCAUUUCCACCCUUCCAAGGUGGCGGCGGCUGCUUCCUGCCUGUCCCAGAAGGUUCUAGGCCAAGGAAAAUGGAACUUAAAGCAGCAGUAUUACACUGGCUACACGGAGAACGAGGUGUGGGAAGUCAUGCAGCACAUGGCCAAAAAUGUGGUGAGAGUAAAUGAAAACCUAACGAAAUUCAUCGCCAUCAAGAAUAAGUAUGCAAGCAGCAAACUCCUGAAGAUCAGCACCAUCCCUCAGCUGAACGCAAAAGCCAUCCAGGAGCUCGCCGCCCCGCUGUUGGGGCGGGCCUAGGCCCUGGGUCCUCGAGGAAGAGCGAGAGGAAGAGCAAUUCGUCUGCGCACUUUGUUUUGCUGAUCUGGAAUUCUCGACUUUAUUAUAUAUAAUUCUCUGGUCUAUUUCACAAAACCUCUUCUCAGACCUAUUUUCUAACUAUAUAUUGAAGAAAAAUAAAGGUAUUGGUUUUUCUUAA